AUGGGCUGGUUCUCCGACGACUCCGACCAGGCACAGGCCUACAACGCCGUCCAGAACGGCGACUACCACGAGAAGCACGAGUCCUCCAAGAUCCACGAGCUGAUUGCCGGUGCCGCCAGCUACGAGGCCGCCAAGGCCUACGAGGACCACGUCGCCCGCAACGGCCAACCCGAGAGCCACGCUAAGGCUAAGGAGAUCCUCGCCGGAUUCGCCGGUGCCUUCAUCGACCGCGAGGUCGAGACCCGUGGCCUUGACUUCGUCGACAAGGAGAAGGCCAAGUACCAGGCCCGUGAGCACGCUCACAACGCCUAUGACCAGCAGGACUACCAGUACUAG